UUCCCUUCUUCUUUCUCCACUAUUAUGUUAAUUCUUUCUCCACUUUAUUUGUUUGUUUUGUUUUUAACACUUCAAUUUUAGGUGAAAUUAAAUUAUUGAUCUAGAACUUUGAAUUCAGAAACAUGACAUUCGCACACGUAAAUGAAAGCAAAAUUUGGAGGGCAGAGUUCAGAGAGAGAGAAUCCCAUAAAUAGAGCGCAAACACAGGGGAAUCGUUAAUUUUGAAAAGUUCAGACAUUCUCGGCGCCAUAUAAUCAUAACACUUGCCUCUCUUCUGCAGCCACAAUCCUUCCAUUUUCCUCGUCCCUUUUCACUGCUUUCAUUUCAGAAACACGAGAGAACCAACCAAAAAAAAAAAAAAAUUAACAAAAGAACACUGAAUUCAAAUGGCCAUUUCCGCCAAGUCAAGCCAAUCUCUAAUCCCUGACUUUCUCUACUCCUCUAAUUUUGAUCUGGACGCUUCUCCGGAUGCCAAAUAUGGAUUGUAUCGGUCUUCCUUCGUUUCUAAAUCAUUACCGUCAAAUGUUGGCGGCGGUGCCGUGUCGAGGAAUUUUGUGAUACCGGCACCUAAAGAGAAGAUUGAGAUGUACUCGCCGGCUUUUUAUGCUGCAUGUACAGCCGGUGGAACGUUUAGCUGUGGCCUUACUCAUAUGGCUGUCACUCCUCUCGAUCUUGUCAAGUGCAAUAUGCAGAUUAACCCAGCAAAGUACAAGAGCAUAUCAUCUAGAUUUGGCAUCUUGCUAAAGGAGCAAGGAAUUAAAGGUUUCUUUAGAGGAUGGGUCCCCACACUGCUUGGUUACAGUGCUCAGGGUGCCUGCAAAUAUGGAUUUUACGAGUUCUUUAAGAAGUACUAUUCGGACAUUGCUGGACCUGAAUAUGCAGCCAAGUACAAGACCUUGAUCUAUCUUGCUGGUUCUGCCUCUGCUGAAAUUAUUGCUGAUGUUGUUCUUUGCCCUAUGGAGGCUGUGAAGGUCCGUGUUCAAACUCAACCUGGUUUCGCACGUGGUUUGGCUGAUGGGAUGCCAAAAUUUAUCAGAUCUGAAGGCUAUGCAGGGUUAUACAAAGGGCUAGUUCCUCUUUGGGGACGUCAGAUUCCAUAUACAAUGAUGAAAUUUGCAUCGUUUGAAACUAUUGUGGAGCAAAUAUACAAGCAUGCAAUUCCAACUCCAAAAGACCAGUGCAGUAAUAGUUUGCAGCUUGGAGUCAGCUUUGCUGGUGGAUAUAUUGCCGGUGUUUUCUGUGCUAUUGUCUCACAUCCCGCUGACAACCUGGUGUCUUUCCUUAACAAUGCCAAGGGGGCAACCGCCGGUGAUGCGAUCAAGCAGCUAGGAUUGUGGGGUCUCUUUACUCGAGGACUCCCUCUCCGUAUUGUCAUGAUCGGAACCCUUACUGGUACCCAAUGGGGUAUCUAUGAUGCUUUCAAGGUGUUUGUUGGGCUGCCAACUUCCGGUGGUGCUCCUCCACCCGCUGCUGCUAAAGCUUGAAUUUAGAGAGGCACAGAAGAUUCGCUGUAGAAAACUUCGAGGGGAUUUCUCCUUGAUGGAAAAAUGAUAGUCGGUUUCCACCCAUAAUUCUAUCAUUUACUGGUGGGCACUAUAUUCUUUUUUUUUUUUCGGUUAUAUUUUUGUUGCCUUACUCCCGAGAGAAGGAUUUUCAUUUCAUCCUUCUUUCUCCACACUAUUAGUUCAGGUUACAAUUCGAUAGUAGAUCCACUUGUGCUUGCAGAAAGCACUAUAUCAUAACGACAAUUUUAAUUUUAGUGCUCGAGUAUCCUUGUUCAA